CAAGGAGGGUAUGGAUAAAACGAAGCUAUCCGAAUGGGGCGAGAAACUGAAAACGGGCGGAGCUCAAAUGAGUAGAAUGGUGAGUGGGAAAAUGAAAGAAAUCCUUCAAGGCCCCACACCCGAAUCCAGAAUCGUCGAUGAGGCCACAUUGGACACAUUACAAGAACCCAACUGGGGAUUGAACAUGAAGAUAUGUGCCAUGAUCAACAGCCUAGACUUCGAAGCAACCGAUAUCGUUAGGGCCAUCAAGAAGAAGAUAUCGGCCAAAAACAACGUCACCCAAUCGUUGAGCCUUGAUUUGUUGGAAGCUUGUACCACGAAUUGCGCCAAUGUGGCUUCCGAGGUGGCUUCCGAGGGAGUGUUGGAAGAGAUGGUGAAGAUGAUCGAGAAUCCGCACACCCAUCGAGGAAACAGAGGAAGGGCUUUGCAGUUGAUAGGUGUUUGGGGACAGUCCCGGGAUCUUGCUCACCUGCCUGUGUUUCACCGAACUUAUGUGAGCUUGAAAGAAAAAAGUGAUCCACCGGUAGCCAACGGGAAAUGCACCCCUUUGCACUUUACCUUGGAGUCUUGCAUGAGUUUGCCUCCCUCGGAAAACUAUCCUGUCGAUAACACGGAGCCAGACAGCGGUGAUUUUACCUAUAGUUAUGCUAGUCUUUCCGCCGAAGAAAAGAAGGAAGUUUUUGAAGUAACUCGGAACAGCCUUGAGGUGCUUUCUAGCAUGUUGAGUAAGGAAACAGAGCCGAAACCUACAUUGGACGAGCUGACGGAGAGCAUGUUUAAGAAGUGCAAGCAGUCACAGCCUGUUAUUCAGAUGAUCAUAGAAAGCACUACUGAUGACGAUGGAGUUCUCUUCGAGGCACUGAAUCUACAUGAUGAGCUUCAUCAGGUCAUCUCCAAAUUUGAGGAACUGGAAGCUGACUCAAAGUCCGAAAGACAGCUUAACGAAAACUCUGGCACCACUGAGGCUAAUCCCAUUGUUCCUGUCGAGGCUUGUAAUGAAAAUAUGAUGGGUGCCCCCCAUUCUACCAAUGAGGAAUUCAAGGUGAUUGCAUCUCCCACCUUCCAUAAGGAAACCAUGAGUGUUGCAGAGAUAGUAGAUGGUAAUGAGCCAGCAGUAACAAUAAAGCAUGAUUGA